CCCUCAGUCUUUCUUCAGUUGUUCCUGGAAUUCGUGCUCGUGCGGUUCCAUGGCGGUUUCGGCUCGGUAUUUAGCCACGUUUUGAGUUUUGUGGUUAACUUUGAAAUGUUCCAACCCGAGCGGUAGAUGUGUAUGAUAAUUUUAUGUUUCCUAUUCGAGUUAAAACAAUACCGCGCGCCUGGUUUAGUCUGAAAGACUCGAGUGCGCAGACGCAGCAUUGUUUUCAUCAUUAACUGAGGCAUUUGAUGUCGUCCGGAUAUUUUGUUUGUGUGCACUGCUGAGGGAAAACCUGAAGCUGUUUCUGGAACACUUUAACGCAACAUGCCCAUUCGUCGUUUCGGGGCUCACAGGUCUUUGGUGUCUUCUUCUAAAACUCUCCAACUGUCCUACGGCUUCACCAAGAAGAUGAACAUCUCUAGAAGCGGAUACCGGGUUUUCUCUGCCAACUCCACACCCGCGAGCACCGAGCUGGCCAAGAAGAUCACCGAACGCCUCGGUGUGGAGUUGGGAAAGUCUGUGGUUUUCCAAGAGUCCAACUCAGAAACCAAAGUGGACCUGAAGGAAUCCGUCCGUGGACAGGACGUCUUCAUCAUUCAGACCAUCCCCAGAGACGUGAACACAGCCAUCAUGGAGCUGCUGGUUAUGACUUACGCGCUGAAGUCGGCUUGUGCCAGGAACAUCAUCGGCGUCGUCCCCUACUUUCCCUACAGCAAACAGUGCAAGCUGAGGAAGAGAGGCUCGGUCGUCUGCAAGCUGCUGGCAUCCAUGUUGGCUAAAGCGGGAGCGUCUCAUGUCAUCACUAUGGACCUCCAUCAGAAGGAGAUCCAGGGAUUCUUCAGCUUCCCGGUGGACAACCUGCGAGCCUCUCCUUUCCUCAUCCAGUACAUCCAGGAGGAGAUCCCAGACUACAGGAAUGCCGUCAUCGUGGCUAAAUCUCCUUCAGCGGCCAAAAGAGCUCAGUCUUUCGCCGAGAGGCUGCGGCUUGGACUGGCGGUGAUGCACGGCGACGCCCAUCAUUCGGAGUCAGACAUGACAGAUGGUCGCAAUUCCCCCCCCUCCACCCGGACCACAGCAGGACACACGGGUCUGGAGCUGCCAUUGAUGAUGGCGAAGGAGAAACCCCCCAUCAGCGUGGUUGGAGAUGUUGGAGGCAGAAUCGCCAUCGUUGUCGACGACAUCAUCGAUGACGUGGAGGACUUUGUCGCGGCGGCAGAAGCCUUAAAAGAGCGAGGAGCCUACAAGAUCUACAUCAUGGCUACGCACGGACUGUUGUCGGCCGAGGCGCCGCGGCUCAUCGAGGAGUCCGCCAUCGACGAGGUGGUGGUGACCAACACGGUUCCUCACGAGGUGCAGAAGCUGCAGUGUUCAAAGAUCAAAACGGUGGACGUCAGCAUGAUUCUGGCGGAGGCCAUCCGCCGCAUCCACAACGGAGAGUCCAUGUCUUACCUGUUCCGCAACAUCACCGUGGACGACUGAGGCCGCAGCAGGGCGCCGCGUUUGCCGUUCGCAACAUAGAAAAGUGCACAACCCGCUCUGAUACAGUAUCUCUGUGUUGCAUCUCUGAUGCAAGCCUUGUCAGUGAGACACAAAUACUCAUGUGCCGCCUCUUAUCUGCAAAUAAAGCUUUUUUAAAUGAA